UUCGAAAUGCAUUUACUAAAUUGGGAAAAGCAUGUCGCAGUGACUUGGUUAUAACAACAUUAUAUGAUAUGUAUACCGUAUGCUGUAUUAUCAUAUGUAUAAUUUAGUGGCCAGACUUAGUAAAUAUCUAUGUAUAUUUAACAGUGCUUUUGCAUUGGCUACAUACUGGAAAUAUGUAAAAUCUGGCAACACUCUGCUUACUGAGUUUCCAGAAUUCUAUUAACUUUAACAACAAAUUAAACAAUUUGUGAUUAAGUGCCCGGGAUAUAUAAAAACGGAAAGAAAUAUAUUUUGCAAAUGUGACUACGUCUGCCAAGUAGGCAUGUAAGCUGCAAAAGACAUAUACUCUUAAAAUUGCAUGUUGCUGCAAAUUCGCGUCGCAAAAUAAAAACCCAUAAGAUUUGAACAUUGUAAAUGAUCAUUAAUUAACAAUGAAUAAUAUUAGGCAGUGGCUAUUAAGGAACGCAUUAAAAUCGAAGAUGCCCGACAUUUCAUAAAAGAUGUGAAAUAUUGCAGAGGAGCCAAGCGAAAUAUUGUAUUAUGGAAUGGAAAAGAAGAAGAUACUUAGCCGUGCUAGGAUAGACGAAGGAAUUUUUCAUAUACAUAUAUACGCAGACCGAAAUAGUUCUUCUAAUUCCCAAGAACAGAAUAAAUUAAAUGGCGUAUUCAAAAAUGCAGAUAGUAAGAAAAAUGUAGAAUCUCAAGGACUUUUUCUAAACGAUGAUAUCAAUAAAGAAUCUAACUUUGAGUACGAAGAAGAGUGGGACAUUGAUGGUAUUCCCGAGUUACUAAAUGAACUAGACGCUGAUAUUGAGAAGUCUUUUAGAACAGAUACGCAUCAACUGCCAAACCGAAGUCAAAAGUGUUGUACUAGAGAACUUGUCCUGAAUUCGAAAUCCAAUGAACAUUUUGAACAUAUUGGGAGAAAAACAAGCUUUCAAAGAACACAACGUGACGUUCCUUUUAAGCACCGAAAGUCUUCUGCUUUUACGGGAUUUUCUAAAGGUGGCCAACUUAUUUCAUCGACAUCUUCAAUACCAAUUUCAUCAUUGGAAUCUAGUUUUUUGUUUGAUUCCGAUCAUCAAUUCCUUAGGACGGCAAUUUCUGACAGAAUGUCAUCGCAAGCCGUAAAUAGUAACAACCUCAGCACCAAUGUUGGCUCUUGCGGAAUAAGUAACAUUAAUAGUAGUCAAAGUGGUGCAUCCAAUAGCAAUAAGUCCAACACAAAGAUGUCAAUAGAUCACCAAGCCACUUUGGAUAAAGGUUUGAAAAUGAAAAUAAAACGUACAAAACCUGGUACCAAAAGCUCGGAAGCAAAACAUGAGAUUGUUAAAGCCACUGAGCAGCAACAAAAUGGAAUGAGCAGUGGGACAGGGAGUAACAAUGUAGAUGAAAGUACGAAUCUAAUAUCGGGUGCAACUUCUUUAUCAUCUAUUCAAACAAACAGUGGAAGUGUUGGUAAUCAGAUCAUAACAUCUUUAACUGGUAAUAAAAAAAAUGGCGUUAACACUGGAAAUCAAUUAAAUAAUAAUCCUUCUUCCGGAAACAAUAAUAUGUCAAGUGGUAUUCUCGCGCCGAAUAUCCAAAUUCAAACAAACUCUUUAGGGACAAAAAGAGCAAGUUCGGGUCAUAGGCGUGAAAAGGUCAAAGAAAAGUUGUCACAUUCCAAUCGCAACUUGAAUGAAAAAAAUAUUCCGCAAAGCAACGAGAAAGAGCCGCAAGAUAAAACUUCGUGUAACUGUAACUUAACAGAAAAUUCUUCUUUAAUGUGCUCCAGUAGUUUUUGUGUCCGUCGUAAUGACAGUUCUUCAAUACGUUUGUCAGGCUCUAAUACUACGAUUCCACCUGGCGUCUUUACCCCCUCGACUGAAACACCGACAACAACUGCUACUUCGACAGCCCUUUUGUCUGUUUCAGCAACAACAGCUAGUUCAGCAAUCAUAAGUCACUCUUCUACAUCAAGUGCUAUGCCAAAUACACCUGGACCUCCAACAGUGGGAGGAAACAUCAAAAUAUCUUCGCACAUUGCUGCUCAAUUGGCUGCAGCUGCUGCAUCAAAUUCACUUAAUGGAUCCCUAAAUACUACAGAUAUGAAAGGUCCGUCUCAGAAUAUAACAGAAAAUCAAAACAAAACCGCAACGGGUACAAUAACGACUGCAAUGCAGCAUUCGAUUUCCAUUCCACAUUCAAAUAAUAAAAUUAGCGAUAUGUCUUCAAUAACAAACGUAUCGAGCGCAAUAUCAGGUACCAAUGCAAAUAUUUUGGAAGAAGAAUGUUCAGAGUCUCCUCCACCAAAACGGACAAAACCGAAUGAUGUUAAACCCCAAGGAAAUAACUCGAUUAACAAGGAAACCGUGGACAUUUGUAUUGGCACAUCCGUUGGAACUAUCACAGAACCUGACUGCUUAGGUCCAUGCGAACCAGGAACGUCAGUUACUCUGGAAGGUAUUGUUUGGCACGAAACUGAAGGUGGCGUUCUGGUAGUGAAUGUCACCUGGAGAGGUAAAACGUACGUGGGAACGCUACUGGAUUGUACCCGUCAUGACUGGGCCCCACCAAGAUUUUGUGAUUCACCAUCUGAAGAAUUGGAUUCCAGAACUCCUAAGGGGAGAGGAAAACGAGGCCGAACUGUAACUACUCCUGAUUUAAGCAAUUUUACUGAAACUCGAAGUUCGAUAUAUUUUUCACAUCCUCACGUGCAUUCUAAGUUACGAAAUGGUAAUACAAAAGGAGGCCGUGGAAGUUCAAGGUCUUCAACUUCCACAGAGAAGAAUGGAGGAGGUUCUUCAGUUUCAUCCGGAAAUGGAGGAUCUACACCUAGCACGUCCCCAACAGGAUUCUUACCUCCUCGCGCAGAGAAACGUAAAUCAAAAGAUGAGUCAGUGUCACCACUCAAUACCGAUAAUGAAACCCAGGCAACACCCAUGGUAAAUGCUAGUGGUAUUCCCAUUUCAGUAUGUGGGUCAGGGUUAACAAAUCAACCACAAAGCUUAAUAAACCCUGUGACUGGUCUUAAUGUCCAGAUAAAUACAAAAAAGUGCAAGAACACAACACCAUGUGCUAUAUCCCCAAUUCUUCUGGAAUGUCCAGAGCAAGAUUGUAGCAAAAAGUAUAAGCAUGCCAAUGGUUUACGUUAUCAUCAGUCGCAUGCGCAUGGCACUAUAUCUAUGCUUGACGACGACUCUAUUGCAGAUAUGGAUGACUCUAACAUAACCCCUAUACACAGCCCUAUUUGCUUGGCACCAACUGCUAACGAAUCUGAAGUAUUGGAAAAUGUAUCGGCGUUAAUUGACCCACAAUCAUCCACUUUAAAAAAGCCAGAUCCUGCAAAGUUGUCACAUACGAAAUCAAUUGGGCUAGAUACUGGGUCGUUGCCAUCGGUUGCUUCGGAGAAUGCCAUAGAAAACAAUAAUGAUAUAUCUACCCUAAGUGGUAGUGAUACACCACAUACCGAACCGGUUUCAUCUGAAUCUCCCAAAAACGCAAAUGGCUCAAACAAUCCUUCUGAAUUAACAUCUCCUGGGCAACAACCAAAUGACUCAGACAACGAUAUUGAUAUUGGUAUGAUUUCUAAAGUAGAGAAGUCUUCUGAGUCUGCAUCUAAGCACAACCUAAAUGAAAAAGCAGGGGUAUUACGUUACGUACAGCCAGAUUCAGAUGAAAGCGCUACAAAAUUAGUGAAUGUUGACGACAAGAUAAGUCGAACUCAGAUAGAUGUACAUGCUCCUGCAAAUGAAAAUGAAAAUUCACGAUCGUCGCCAAAUCAUCUGUUCAAAGAGAAUUGUAUCGUACAACAACAAAUACAAAAAACCGAUCCAUUUGACAUUGGCAAAGAACCGCCGACUACUAAUUUAAAUAAUCUGGAAAAUUCCCAAACUCACAAAUCACCUGUUAUUGGAAAACAAAAGAAAAAUCGAAAAUCACCCGGCCCCGGUGAGUUUGAUGUUGACGGAUUCGGUACAUGUAAUAGAGCAUCUCGAGAAGAGGUACAAAGCCCAGCUUACAGUGAUAUAUCCGAUGAUUCAACACCUGUAAAUGAACAAUCGAUAUUAGAAAAAUCUAUUGCAGAAAAAAAUUCUGAUAUUGUUAAAAAAUCUCCUGAAAUCAUUUUAUCUUCGGGAUCUGGUUGUCAACCUAAUGCUCCAACAUCUGUUCCAUCUUCACUUAGCGGAUAUGGUGUUUAUCAAUUUUAUCAACAACAGCAAUUUUCGGGACAACCUGCAAUUGAACCACAAUCAAAUAAAAGUUGUCUUACAGGAAAUGCACCUCAGCUAUCACUUUCUGCUUCUUGUUCAUCGCAACAACCACCUAAUAAUAAUGACAUGAAAAGAAAAGAACCUCCAUUGGAUUUGAUAACGAAACCAGCUGCAUCGAAUUUGCAAGUUUCGAGCCCAUCGCCACAUGAAUCUAACAAAGACCAAAAUCAGGUCCAAGCCUCUAACGUACCCAACCAGAUUGUAAGCAGUGUACCAUUGGGUUCAAGUACAAUAAAUGCUGGUGCAUCAAAGCCGGUAUCACAUUUUUAUGCAUUCAAUUAUAUGUCAUCUAACUAUCCUUUCAAUGUCGAUCAAAAUUAUGCCCCCAUUUCGAUUGCAUCGGAAGAUGGAAAGUGUAAUAGAAACUCCGGCAUUUUGAGUCCAACUGAUCCACAACAUUCGUCAUUAGUAUUCAAAGAAGAUAAGGGAAAAGACAGCCCCCCUGAAAAUAUGAAAAUUUUUCAUCAGCAACAGACUACUUUAAACAAAGGAUUAAAAACGGAUGGACCUUCAAAAGCAGAAUUUUUAAAAACAGAGACAAAUAUCAGUACUGCAGCACAAAUUCCGCAAAUGCCUUUACAUAGUAAAGAAAUGCAAGGUAUGGGACCUUAUUCCAACAUUUACCAAAGACAUCCGAUGACACUAAAUUCCCAGCAGAUGUCACGUGAAGAGGAGUUGAGGAGAUAUUACAUAUUUUCCGAUCAGCAACGUCGUCAGAGCAACGCUGCUAACAGUAUUAGUUUGAGUAAUCAAAAUCAAGUAUGUACUAGCCAAAGCAGUCACCCCCAAUGUAAGGAUGAGACCUUAUCAGUCCAGGUCAACUCUACUUCGCAACAACUACCUAUAAAAAACAAGGCGAAUAUGCCACUCAAUAUAAAUAGCAAUAUAAACAAGCAUAUGUCGGGUACAAAAGAAUCGUCCCCGAAACAAAAGCAAGAUGACGACGUGAAAGUUAUAAAACAGGAAGGCCAAAAACCAACAAUGGAAACUCAAGGUCCUCCACCUCCUCCAACAUCGCAGUAUUUUUUACAUCCAUCUUAUAUUACACCAACACCAUUUGGAUUUGAUCCAAAUCAUCCAAUAUACAGAAAUGUUUUAAUGCCCUCAGCUUCUCCAUACAAUGCAGCUCCUUAUCACUUACCAAUAUCAAGAUAUCAUGCUCCGGAAGACUUGUCCAGAAACACUGGGACGAAAGCUUUAGAUGUCCUACAUCAUGCUGCCAGUCAGUAUUACACAACCCAUAAAAUACACGAACUCAGCGAGAGGGCUUUAAAGUCCCCUAAUAAUAAUAACAGUAAUGGAUCAAACUCUGUUAAAGUUAGUGUUUCUAGUCCAAGCAUUGCUGCAUCGCAACAUUCCAAUAUAAACACAAAUACAACUGGACAUCACUCUAAUACAGCCCAAUCCACGAAUUCAUCUCAAAUAUCCCUCAAUUUAUCUCAAUCAAUACCGUCAACAUCAAGUAAGCCAGAAAUGUCGGCACAAAAAUCGCAGUGCAGUGGAUCUACAGUACCACUUAGUGAGCCACAGAAAUCACAAACAACAAGCAAUCCUGCAGUUGUAUCAAGCAGUACAGUAGUCAAUUCUACCGGCAGUGGAGGUCCUGAUUCUCGUAGCCCUCCUCCUCAAAGACAUGUUCACACACAUCAUCAUACACAUGUUGGUCUUGGCUAUCCAAUGUAUCCGGCACCUUAUGGGGCUGCUGUACUUGCAAGUCAACAAGCUGCUGCUGUAGCUGUGAUAAAUCCUUUUCCACCAGGACCAACCAAGUAGACACAACUCUGCAAUUAUUUAUUAUAUGUCUGCAAAUAUUUGUUUGGAAAUGUAUCAACGUACUGCAUUCAUUAACGGUCAAAAACCAUAGUAUUAGGUAAACAUUAAACAAUAUUUUUAAGACAGAUUUAUAAGGCUAAAGCAGAUAUCGUGUGAUUAUGCUUACAACUAUUAAGGAAAUAAGUUUUUAAUGUAUUGAAAAAGAAUUUAAUAUUAAAUGAAUAAUUAAUUUUUUAAUAUUUAUAUACAUUAAUUUUUAAGAAGACUUGAUUAUGCAGUUCUUAUUUAUCAAUAACUAUUUUUAAACAUACAUUUUAUUUAAUAAAUACAUUUGUUUUGCUUGUAAAUAUAUUACUAUGUUACAAUGUAUUCAGUAUUUCGUGUUCCCUUUAUCUCUAAAUUUGACGCUAGUUCUUGUAACUCUCAAAAAUGCAAUUUAAAUGAUUUUUAUUUGUAUUUGAUUCUCUAUAACUAACGUAGCCAAUAAACAUUUAAAUAGAUUUGAAGCAUAACAUUAAA